AACAUAAGUUAGCUGACAUUAGUUAUAAUGCUGCUGAUUUGGCCGGAAUUGUCUUUUUGGAAAUGGUUUUCGGAAAUUAUACAGUAGCCUCUUCAGUUAUUAACGUAGAAAUGCAUAGAGCAAU